UAUCUGCUUGUCCUACCUCCCGGUGUAGAGGAGUGUGCCAACAAUGCCUGCCGGCUUUUUCAAUCACUCUCGCUUUUAUCAGGACAUAAUCGACCUGGCCAUGUGUGCUUGUCCAUGGUUACACACUCGUCCAGUCUUUUUUCGUAUAAGCAUAACCCCUGUCCGACCAGCUCAGAGAGAAUAACAAACACUCGAUGCGCCUCGAACGUGACGGCGGAAAGGCUAAGGUGUCAAGGGAGCAAUCAACCCUGUCGGUCAAGACUGUCAGCCGCAGAAGUAGUCGGCACACCCACCUUCUUCAUCUCAGCGACGCGACAAUUCUCACGAAUUUUCUGGGUAGAUAAUAUCGCAAUGUCGUGAUGAUAUCCCUUCUUCAGCAGUAACAGCGGGUUUUUAGUCGCAGUGCACCUAUUGCGAUGGCCGUCCUGGCCUCCUCGCUUCCUCCUGGAGUUUCCCCUCCCUUGACGGAGGAUAACGACCAUAAUCAUAACGGUCUGAUCGUUAUCGUUACUUCACUGGCUCUAUUCUUGGUUCUCGCCUCGCUGGUCAUCCGAAUAUUCGCCUCAUCAAAAAGAGGUCUCAUGCUCCAGGAUGACCACGUUCUCUUUGCCGCAGCAAUAUGUGCUUGCACCCAGGUAUCGCUUGUGCUUCUCCAGGUUCACUAUGGGUGGGGCAAGUCCAGAGAGCUGAUCCCGUUCAGUGACUACACACAGAUGAAGAAGGCCGGAUACGCGGCGGAUCUGUUUUAUGUCCUUAUCAUUGGUUUGUCAAAAAUAGGCACGAUGCUUUUCUAUCAGAAUCUGUCCUUGCAGCGUACAAAGUGGAUGAUCAAUGCUAUCAUAUCAUCCUGUGGCCUAUGGACCAUACUCGCAAUAUUGCUCCUAGCCAUUCGAUGCAACAGCCGUCCUUGGACUGAUAUCGAUUCCGCAUGUGGUGGGCUUUUCCCACGAUGGCAAGCCAUUUGUGCCCUUGACAUUGUUUUGGAAGCCGUGAUCCUUGCAUAUCCAGCGAUAACGAUCCGAAAUGUGCAAAUAACCUUGAGCAAGAAGCUAAAGGUUCUAUCCAUUCUGAACUGCCGGGUCAUAUUGAUUCCCCUUUCCGCUGUGCACCUAUACUACAUUCACCACCUUCAGAUAUAUUCCUCCAACCCCACGCUUGUCGGCACCUAUGCCACCAUUGUCGCAGAGCUACACCUCAGCCUCAGCAUCGUUCUUCUCACAGUCUCAUGCCUAAAAAUGUUUGUCGCGGUUUACGAGGAUGAUCAUGGGCUCGCAUACACGGAAGAUGCUUCGAAUUCUCACAGUCGCAGCGGGCGCAGCGGGCCCAAAUCAUGGCGAUCAUCUCGCCCGGUCAAAGACCUGAGCUCGUUUGGUAGCAGUUGUAAUGAAGAGGAGCCGAUCUUACGGACGGAAGCGACCGUGUCGGCCUCCUCACCACCGCUUGAAGGGCAUCGCCGCAAUGCGAUAAUGAAAAGUGUACAGAUAUCGGUAACCCGAGAGAGCAUUGAACUGGGCGAGAUGGCGGGACCAUCUUCUGCUGCGAUACCUAGGUCAACAUGAUUUUCUUCCAUCGGUAAGUUUAUUGUAUGAUCAGGGAGGUCCCAUUUGUCAAUAGAUAAUCUAAUGAACUGCAUUGGG